UCUGCCUUUCCUUUUCCGCUGUAGGAACGUUAACGUGCCUAAGGUGCUCGGUUCUUCAUUCGAAGCUAAGGCCCCCAAUCCGGCGACUAGCACCGUCAAACUUAGGCAUCCGAACCCACUAAACAAAAAUCCAUCAUCUACAAUGGCCUCUGUGUCCGAGCUCGCCUGCAUUUACUCCGCUCUGAUCCUCCACGACGAUGAAGUCACCAUCACAGAGGACAAGCUGAAUGCUCUGAUCAAGGCUGCUGGAGUCACUGUGGAGCCCUUCUGGCCAAGUCUGUUUGCCAAGGCGUUAUCCAGCAUUGACAUCGGCAGUCUGAUCUGCAACGUCGGCGCUGGAGGAGGCGCGCCCGCUGGUGUUCCCGCCGCAGGAGCUGUUGCAGUAGCUGGUGGUGACGCCCCAGCUAAAGAGGAGGAGAAGAAAGAGGAGAAGAAGGAAGAGUCUGAGGAGUCAGACGACGACAUGGGCUUUGGUCUCUUUGAUUAAAGCGGCUGUUUUUCUAAGAAAACACAAUAAAAAUGUAAAAAGAAAUAAAAAAAAAACAUUUUCACAA